UAUCCGAUGAGCGUUGCCAUGACAACUCUUAUUAUUCAAAAUAAGCGAAACGAUUGCAAACAUACAAGCACUCCAAACAAAAACUCAGUGAAAAUAAACGUUAAAAAAUGACAUAACAAUGAAUCAAACACCAGUGAAAGUAUCAACCCUCCUAUUUUUUUAUUUUUCUUCUCUAACAUCGCCAAUUGUUCAUUGUGAAAGUGAAGAUCAAGGGUUCGAAUGGAGCGAGCCUUCGAGUUGUCGAAACAAAGAUUACGAAUUUUUCCACACCGAUUUAUUUAGAUGUGAAAAGUGUCCCAGCAAUUUAGUAGCGUCCAAUGAUGGUUACGAAUGUGUUUGUGACAAAAGAAGCAAAACCGCCGCAUUCAAAGAUGGACUUCCGGUCUGCGUGUCCUGUGGAGUGGGAAAAAUUCGUACCACCGACGAAUUUGAGUGCAUUUCUUGCCGAGACCGUGGAAAAUUUUGUGGCUGUUUAGGAAAUUCUAUGACAGUUGAGAGAAAUGGGAACGGCACACUUUUGGACACACAGCAAUGUCUUCCAUGUCCAAAAAACACAUUCGCGUCUCACGACCACGUUCGAUGUCUUCCUUGUUCCGAAAUUUGGGCCAAUGUCGAUCGAGAUGAUUUUCCCCUCGAUGAUCCCUCUUGGAAUAAUUUAGUGAAAUAUUGUAUGCCAAUAAAGGCUCCGGAAGAUUGGCCAGAUUUACAGAACACCUAUGUAGUCAAGUUCCAGAAAAAGAGAAUUCACAUCGACAGUUAUUAUUUUAGAAGGGAGCUACGCUUCAUUUUCCACUCGUGCAAGAAUGGCAUCCGGAAAGCUUGCUCCCAAUUGGCGAAUAUGUGCUCGUUGACACUCUUUGCAACGGACAGCAUAGCUUGCAAGCUUUUCUUAGGAAAAAAUGAAUUAGGCAACAGGCCUAAGAUUUUUUAUCGAGAAGACGAGGCAAGAAUUAUUUUGAAUCGUAGAACAAUAACUCAACGUUACACGCUCGAUCAGGACGAUCAGAUAAAUAACAAAUUGAAAUUAGUUGUCGCGAAAUUUGGGCUGCGCGGUAAAUUCGAAGCCAUCAACGAGCCCAAUUUGCCCUGCCCAUUCUUUGGGAACCUUCCCUUUGGAGUGAAUUUGUUCAAAAAGUGUAGAGUUUCGGCGACCGAAUUGACUGAUUCGAAAAUGACGUUUCUCGUGCCAUUUUUGGCUUAUUAUGAUAAAAUGAAUAGCAACAAAAGAAUUCUGCAUCCGGUGCCAGUUUUGAUUAAAAAUAUCAAUGAACAGGCUGGGGAAGACUCGUCGCGAUGGCAAUUGGUCAAAAGGUUUUUUUCGGUCGAUAAAAUCACUGGCUACAGGGCGAUUUCAAACUCGAAAAAUUCCAGUUUCUCGAAAGGUUCGGAGCUGCAUGUUCUUCGGUACAUAAAAUCGCUGCAGCUUGUCGUCAAACUCCAAGAAAGAGCAGAACGUGGCAAAGUCUUUCCACCACUCCUCGUAGUCGAGUACGACGAGCUGACAAAUCGCGAAAUCAUAGAAAACGUCCAAGUUCCAGUCGAAUACAAAGUCAGCUACAGUUUCCCUGACGACGAAGCAAACGGGGCGAUCGAAGUAUGCAUUGGAAUUUUCACAGGCCUGGCAGUGACCUUUGCCAUGGUUCAAGCUUGGAGUUAUUCUCGAAGGAGUUGCCAAAAUUUAGCGAGCGUUUCGACCUUCCUUUCCUUUAUUAUUUACUGUUUUGCUGCUGUAGCAAAUAUUCUUAUCAUCAUAUGCUCGGGAUUCUGUAUUUAUACGUUUAUAUUUUACAAGGGACAAAAAGUUGUUCACGUGUUACUUCCGAACUCGAAAAAUGAAUGGACUAUCAAGAUCUGUACGAUCAUUUCUUUUGCCUUUAAAAUGAUGGAAAUGUUGUCUCUGGUUUAUCAUCAGCGAAGAACGAACAUAUUUUUCAUCGACUGGGAACAGCCAAGGAUAAUGUUCGAGGCUAUUGCGUCGACCAAUAAAUGGGAUUCACCGAGGUUGGCGCUCAGAAAACAUUUUAACAAUGGUGGAAAACUGAGCUCGUCGAAUGAGCGAAGAAAAAAUAUGCAGAGUGCUUCGGAAAUAAUUGGAGCACGAAGAAAAAAAACGGCGUCUCCUUCCCGAUCAUUCGCAAGCGUGUCGAGCAGUCGAGAUGAUUCGAUUGACAAUGAAAUUCCGAACGAUAAUCCAACGGCCGGUCAACCAGUCGCCACCGUUUGUUCUGAAACUGAUUUUUCUAUAAACGAAGAAAAUUCAGAGGAGAAAAAUCACUCCGUCAGCAUUUGGCGAACUUGUGUCGUUGCUAACGAGUGGCUGAGGAUCAAAACGAAAAGGAAAAUCAACAUUCUUUUCCAAAUCUUCGCUACUCUGUUUUUUCUCGAGAUUAUAGGAGGUAAAAAUUCGUCCAAGACUAUUCCCAAUCUAGUAAUUGAGCCUGACGAGACUCUCUCGACUGCCGAAAGCUUCACGCUUCAGUAUGCUGUUGGAAUGCUCAUUUAUCUUCUCGUUUAUACCUCGCAAUGGUGGUUUUUCGUUUUCAUUUAUCAGAAGUACGUGAAAAAUCAACUACAGGAGUUUGUUGAUCUCUGCUCCAUGGCCAAUGUCAGCGUUUUUAUGUUAUCUCACGACUACUAUGGCUAUUACAUCCAUGGGAGAUCCGUUCAUGGGUUUGCAGACACUGAUCUCUUGACUCUGAUAAAAGAUUUGGAGAGAGAGGAGAAUGAUUUGUGUGCUCACAGAGGAUUGAUUCCUGGCACGACUGAGCAAACUUUUGUUAUUUCCGUGUCGAAAACUUUUCGAACUUUUUACGAGAGGCUCGUGGGUUCCCAAAAUUCGAGAAAUGGACGAUUCUUGAGAAGCAAUAUUUCAAACGUUCCUACCGACUGGGACGAGCGGUGGAAAAUUUAUUUGAAGCUGAAAAAAUUUUUCACCGGAUUUAUCGAUCACUGUUACAAAAAUGUUGAUUACACUGUUAAAGAUAGACAUUUUAUCGAGAAAAUGUGCGAUUUUGAAAUGGCUGAUGUUCACGAAAAAUCCAUUUUUUACGUAGAUAAUGCUUACUCUUUCGACCGUACGAUUUUCCAUGGGAAUGAAUGGACCCUCGCCACUUUUGAAAUAAACGUUUUCCUUCUCGUUCUCGUUUUCUGGGAAAAUUUUAUUCUCGCCUCAUUUGCUGUGCUUCUGGUCUCGAAACUCAUUGACGCAGUUGUCCAAUUCAAUGGGAAAAGUCUUUUGGCAGAAAAGACUUUCAUCGAUGAGAGAUUUUUAGUUUCUUAGUCAUAUUUUUCUGUUCUACCAUCAAAAGAUGACCAAUUUUAUGGGAAUAAAAAUUGGCAAUAUU